AUGCUACAGGCUUUCUCAAAAUCGAAAAUUACACAUACUAUAUUAGCUCUUAAAUCAAUUUCCCUCACUCAUGUAAAUACAUUUACCUAUAAAACACGUAUGCAACGAUUGUAUAAUGAUGGAUUAGAUGUCAACCAACAAUCUGUUGAAAUUAAUCCUAUCGAACGUAUUCGUCGAUGUUCACUCCAUAAAGAUGCUGAUAUUUGGACAUUCUAUAAGACAAUGUGUCCUAACGUACGAACGCUUGGCGAUGCUUUGUAUGAAGGUUAUGUUGCUUCAAAUGACGGUCCCUGUGUAGGCUAUCUCGAAUCAUCGAACGAUACAGAAUCAUUACAAUGGUUGUCUUAUUCCACAGUAAUGGAACGAAGUCGUUACAUUGGUUCAUAUUUAUGGACAAAAACCAAACUUACACCAAUGCAAUCCAAAGUAGCCAUUAUUUCAUCUAAUCGACCUGAAUAUUUAUUUGUUGAACAAGGAUGUUAUAUGUAUGGAUUUAUUGUUAUUAGUCUCUAUACCACUUAUGACCUUGAAACCAUUCAGAAUCUUCUUCAAAGGACUCAAGCAGAAGUACUUGUUAUCGAUAAUUUGGAACGUAUUCAAUCAAUUAAAGAUGAAUUAUUGAAUAAUAAUCAAAUCAAAGAGAUACUUGUUAUGGAUGAGAUAAACUAUGACGAGAAGAGUAAAAUUCAUCCGAUUUCAUCGAUCUUCAAAACAAUGAAGAAUACGGAUAUAUGUGAGCGACCAACAAUUGAUCCAGAUGGUAUUGCGACAUUUAUAUUGACAAGUGGAACAACAGGAGAGCCCAAAAUUGCUAUGCUAUCACAUGAAAAUCUAUUAGCAUCAACAAAAGGUAAUCUUAUUCGUCUAGAUGGUGCCAAUGUCAUAAGACCUGUUACUAAUCGACACUGUUCAUUUUUACCUAUGGCUCAUAUAUUUGAAAGAUUUGUAAUCUUACAAAUUCUAUUAAAAGGCACAGAAGUGGUAUUUUGUCCAACUCCUGAAAAACUCAUUGAAUAUUUAUCCAUAGUAAAACCAACUCAAGCUUCUGUUGUUCCUCGUAUUCUUAACAAAGUCUAUGAUAAAAUCAUGGCUGAUGUUAGCAAGAGUAAAGUGAAACAAUUUCUUGUUCAAUCAGCUUUACGUGAACAGCCACCGUUUUUAUCCCGUUUUGUUUUUCGUAAAGUUAAAAACUUAUUUGGUGGUGAAUUAAAAGGAAUAAUAACUGGAUCAGCACCAAUUAAGCCAGAUGUAAUGCACUUUUUUCGUAUCGCACUCAAUAUACUUAUAAUAGAAGGAUACGGACAAACCGAAUCAACUGCUGGGGGCUCCACUACACAUCCAAUUGAUAUGUCAUAUGGUACAGUUGGUUCGCCCGGACCAAAUGCUGAAAUCAAAUUAAUCGAUGUACCAGAUACAAACUAUCGAAGUGAGAUAAAUCAAGGAGAAAUUUGUCUUCGAGGACCGACUAUUUUUAAAGGUGAGUCAAAUUCAACACGUGAAACAGUUGAUGAAGACGGCUGGUUGCAUACAGGCGAUGUUGGAGAAUGGGCAAGCAAUGGAGCAUUACGUAUUAUUGAUCGAUCAAAACAUAUAUUUAAACUAAGUCAAGGAAAGUACAUUGCUCCAGAACGUCUCGAAGAUGUAUAUAUUCGUUCUCCAUGGAUCGCACAAAUCUUCGUCGAUAGCAUUUCAGGUCAAACAACAGUCGUAGCUAUUGUGGUACCUGAUGAAGAGUAUGUACGAAAAAAUUUUAAAUCAGAAGCUACUGAAAUAUCCUUUGCUGAUCUAUGUAAGGACGAAAAACUAAAAGCGAUUAUUUUGUCCGAUUUAAAUCAAUUGGCUAAAAAUCAGACGCUUGAAUAUUACGAAAUACCGAGCAACAUUCAUCUUCAUCAUGAACCAUUCUCACAAAAGAACGGACUGCUUACAAUAACAUUUAAAACGCGACGAAUGAAUGCUCGAAAGCAGUUUCAGUUAAUUAUUAACUCACUGUAUGAUGCUGAUCGCAAAGCGACAAAUAAUAGUCAACAGAAAUGA